CACACCGGCACUGAGUCGCUGCCCGCUCUGCGCAGGGCCUGCGGCCUGAUCCCCGGGGGAAGCUACCUGGGAUUGCCAUGAGAGAGACUUUGGAGGCCUUCAGCUCCCUGGGAUUUUCUGUGGGCCAGCCAGAGAUGGCCCCCCAAAGUGAGCCUGGGGAAGGGUCCCAUAAUGCCCAGGAGCAGAUGUGCCCUCCCAGGGAAGAGAGAGCGCUGGGCUCCUGUUUGAAUGCGGGGCACGAGGCCCCCAGACUGGAGGAAGGCGCCCACCCUGAACAGGCUGAGGCUCCCUGCCGAGGAAGCCAGGCACCCACACCACAGAAGGCUGAGCCUUCGGGCUCCUGCUCAGGAGACGAGUGGAUGAUUCGAAAGGUGAAAGUGGAGGAGGAGGACCAGGAGGCAGAAGAGGAAGUCGAAUGGCCCCAGCAUCUGUCAUUACUCCCUGGCCCCUUUCCCGCACCUGACCUGGGGCCUCUGGCCACCGCGUAUAAGUUGGAGCCCGGGGCCCCAGGGGCACUGGGUGGGCUCGCGCUGGCCGGGUGGACUCCUGCCUCAGAGAAGCCCUAUGGCUGCGGGGAGUGCGAGCGGCGGUUCAGGGACCAGCUGACCUUGAGGCUGCAUCAGAGGCUGCACCGCGGCGAGGGCCCCUGCGCCUGCCCGGACUGCGGCCGCAGCUUCACGCAGCGCGCUCACAUGCUGCUGCACCAGCGCAGCCACCGCGGCGAGCGGCCGUUCCCGUGCUCCGAGUGCGACAAGCGCUUCAGCAAGAAAGCGCACCUGACCCGCCACCUGCGCACGCACACAGGCGAGCGGCCCUACCCGUGCGCAGAGUGUGGCAAGCGCUUCAGCCAGAAGAUACACCUGGGCUCUCACCAGAAGACGCACACGGGCGAGCGUCCCUUCCCCUGCACUGAGUGCGAGAAGCGCUUUCGCAAAAAGACGCACCUUAUCCGCCACCAGCGCAUCCACACGGGCGAGAGGCCCUACCAGUGCGCGCAGUGCGCACGCAGCUUCACGCACAAGCAGCACUUGGUGCGGCACCAAAGGGUGCACGAAGCGGCCUGCCGCGCCCCGCGGUCUGCCGACCCCCCCGCCUCUCCCGGGUCCCCUGCUCCGUCCCCGACCCCGUCCCCUCCCGGACCUAAGCCUUUCGCCUGCUCCGACUGCGGCGUGUGCUUCGGCUGGAAGAAGAACCUCGCCACGCACCAGCGUCUGCACCGCAGCGAAGGGCGCCCCUUUGAAUGCGACGACUGUGCACUGGGUGCCACCUUGGACCCCACCACCGCCGAGCCCCUGGCCUGCGCGCACCGAAGCGCACAGGCGCCCCAAGGCGCUCCGGAUAGCGAGCGGUCCUUCUUCUGCCCGGACUGCGGACGCGGCUUCGCCCACGGGCAGCACCUGGCACGGCAUCGGCGGGUGCACACGGGCGAACGGCCCUUCGCCUGCGCGCAGUGUGGCCGCCGCUUCGGCUCCAGGCCCAAUCUGGUCGCGCAUUCUAGAGCCCACAGCGGCGCCAGGCCUUUCGCCUGUGCGCAGUGCGGCCGCCGCUUCAGCCGCAAGUCUCACCUGGGCCGCCACCAGGCGGUGCACACGGGCAGUCGGCCCCACGCUUGUACCCUCUGCGCCCGCAGCUUCAGCUCCAAAACCAACCUGGUCCGCCAUCAGGCCAUCCACACGGGCUCACGCCCCUUCUCCUGCCCGCAGUGCGGGAAGAGCUUCAGCCGCAAGACUCACCUCGUGCGGCACCAGCGCAUCCAUGGCGAGGCGGCCCACCUGGCCUCCGACGCUGACCUCCCGACCCCAGCCUGGCCAACUCCCACGGAAGUGGCAGCACCCCCACUCUUCUUCUGAGCUUCCUCUCGUCCGGACCCUUCGUUGCCUUCUCUUGCUCCCUGGUUGGAGACACCCAGGUCCAAGCCGGCGAGCAGGGGCAGGACGGCCUAGGCCCCUGCCGGCUGUUUUCCUCUCCUCUCCAUCUUGCUGGGGAGAAGUCUGGAAAGAUAACCAGCUGUGACAUUCUGUGACAAAGACAGUGCUGAGUGAACCCUUGCUGGGACUAGUUCAGGCCUGAGUCCGUGGAAGGCUCCCACCAAGAGGACCCCUGGAAAGCUGACGUUUUGUGUACCACCCUGGCCAAGUCAGGAACCUCUACAGGGAGAGGGGAAGAAUGGUUAUCUGUGUACUGCCAGUGUUAUUAAAAUUAA